AUGCCCGCUGCCAAGCUAGAGAAGCAGGACGUCGAGCGCGAUGCAGCCUUCCAAAAGGCGCUGCACGGCAAAAGCGCCGGCGAGCGCAACGCCUUCCUCGCCAUGAUGCAGAAGAACCAUCUGGCCAAGAAAGAAGCGGUGGACGAAUACUUCAAGCACUGGGACAACAAGGCCUCGGCGGACGAGACCGACGCCAUUCGCGAGAGCAGACGACAGGAGUAUGCCACCCUCACCCGACACUACUACAACCUCGCCACCGACCUGUACGAGUACGGGUGGGGCGAGUCCUUCCACUUCUGCCGCUUCAGCAAGAACGAGCCCUUCCGGCAGGCCAUUGCCCGACACGAGCACUACCUCGCCCUGCAGACCGGCAUCAAGGAGGGCAUGAACGUCCUCGACGUCGGCUGCGGUGUCGGUGGCCCGGCAAGGGAGAUUGCCAAGUUCACCGGGGCCAACAUCAUCGGCCUCAACAACAACGACUACCAGAUCGAGCGCGCCACCCGCCACGCCAUCCGCGAGGGCCUCGAGAAGCAAGUCAGCUUCGUCAAGGGCGACUUUAUGCAAAUGUCCUUCCCCGACAACAGCUUCGACGCCGUCUACGCCAUCGAGGCCACCGUCCAUGCCCCCAGUCUGGAGGGCAUCUACAGCGAGAUCUUCCGCGUUCUCAAGCCCGGUGGUACCUUUGGCGUGUACGAAUGGUUGAUGAAGGACGACUACGACAACAGCAAUCCCCACCAUCGUGAGAUCCGCCUGGGCAUCGAACAGGGAGAUGGCAUCUCCAAUAUGGAGAAGAUCGACGUGGCGCUCGCUGCAAUGAAAGCCGCCGGCUUUAAGCUCGAACAGCAUGAGGAUCUGGCCGAUCGCCCUGACCCGCUGCCGUGGUACUACCCGCUCAGCGGCGACCUGCGCUACAUGCAGAGCGUUUGGGAUUUCCCGACGCUGGUGCGCAUGACACAUCUGGGCCGCGGGUUGGUGCAUCGCUUCGUUGGAGCACUGGAGAUGAUCAGGAUGGCACCACAAGGCACGCAGAAGACGGCAGACUCGCUGGCGAAAGCGGCGGAUUGCCUUGUUGCCGGGGGCAAGGAGAAGCUUUUCACGCCAAUGUAUUUGAUGAUUGGGAAGAAGCCCGAGAGGAAGUAG